UUCCAAAAAAAUCGCCUCCUCACGUUUCCGGUUCGGAUUCCCCUCGCGUCACACGCUCUCUCCAUCUCGCUCGCCCGCCCGCCCGCUCCCAUGGCGUCCCUCUUCGGGGCUCGCCGGCGGCGAUCGCCGGAGGACGAGGGAGACGACAACGGGGGCGACAGAUCCGGAUCCGGGCGGUCCAAGCGCCGCCGCCUCUCGCCGGAGGGCGCGCUGGUGCCGGCGGAGGCGGGGAGGAGCCCCGGGUGGCUCUCCACCAUCGUCACCGGGGCCAAGCGGGUCAUAUCCUCCGUGCUCUUCUCCUCGUCCGAGGAGCAGGCCUCGGAAGACGAGGACGGGGACGAGGAGGAGGAGGACGGCUCCCGAGAGGACUCCGAUGGAAAUGAAGAUACCCAUGAUACUCAUGAAACGUUAAUUCCUUUCAGCGAGUCAAAGCUCGCCAUUGAGGAAAUGGUUAUGAAGGAAACAUUCUCAAGGGAUGAAUGUGAUAAGAUGGUGAAGCUAUUACAGUCACGUGUUACAGAUUCAGGAUUUCCUGAAGCCUAUGAGCAUGGGACACCAAAAGAAACCCCAAGCAGGAAUGGCCAUGAUUUUACCGGAGCUUGGCGUUCCUUGAAUCGCAAUAGAAAUGGCUCUGGAUCAGGUCCUGUUUUUAGUACUGGACCUGGUAACUUUUCUCCUGGUUCUCCUCUCCAAGCAUCACCUGAGCUAUGUAAUGCAGCAGUUAUGGAAGCAAAGAAAUGGCUGGAAGAGAAAAGGCAGGGAUUAGGCUCAAAGCCUGAAGAUCAUGGACCUUGCAUAUUGAACACUGAUGUGCUUAAUUCUGACCUCAAAUCUGACAAGGGUUCUCCUGUCGAUUUAGCAAGAUCAUACAUGCAGUCAUUGCCACCAUGGCAGUCCCCUUUAUUAGGCAGUCGGAGAUUUAAAUCACCACCCUCCGGUGGAGUACAUAUUAAUGAUGACGAAGGAUCGAGAUACUUGUCAUCAUCAAAGGUCGACAACAAGGAAGACUUCCUUUCCAGUUCCAACUUCUGGGAAAACUUUGAAUUGCGAAGAGAUCGCAUUAGAUUUUCUGAAACUGCAGAAGCCUCUAAGUCCAGGCACCAUGGUUCUACUUCCAGAUUGUUUGAUAAUGGUGUCUCUAUAUUAUCACCACAUACUCGUGAUGAAGUUGGACAGUCAGUUCAGGGUUAUGAAGGUUCUGAUAAAGUUGCUGCAGCAGAACCAGCCAAUGAGUGCCCCUUACCUAUUUCACCAACUAAGGAUGGAAACCACGGUGCCGUUGAUUCUGUGGACCCUCCACCGAAGGACGGUGGCAAUCUUGUCCAAGAUUGCCAUGCUGCAUCUGAUGUUCAUCCUGAUGAGGUACCACAGGGGAAUGCAGAUGAGGUACGACGGGGGAAUGCAGAUGAGGUACCACAGGGGAAUGCAGAUGAGGUACCACAUGAGAGCCCUGUGCCUCUCACAAGUGCCACGGAAGAGGCUGCUGACCACAGUGGAGAUGUUAAAUCUGUGCCUGCAGAACCAGAAAUUCACGAAGAAUUGCAUAUGAAUUCAACUUCAGAAUCAAAAGCAAAGGAUUCAGUCCCCCAGACCCGGAUGAGUUUACGUUCCCUAAAGAAAAAGGUCCACAGCAGUUUAAAUGGGCCGACCAAGAAAGCAUCUGCCAACGGUCUGCUGGAUCGAUCAGACAACUCAGGGAUUGAAUCCUCGGGCAAUGAUAAUCCCAGCUGCACUAAUUCAAGCAGUGCUGUGCCUCCCAACAAUAAGGAGUUUAUCAACUCCGCAGCUGAUGCUUCAGCUUCAGCUGAUAACUCUGUAGAUAACGGCGCGGGGACGGGAUCAGAGAAACCGGCGGACGGUAAGUCUGCCGAAAACGGUGCUGUAACUGAUUUAGGGGGGCCAGCGAAGGAAGACCCGAAACCAGCUUACAUUCGCCGAGGUCCGAAAAGGGCUGCUCGUAGGGCGUUAUGAAGAGGACUGUAGAAGCAAGCAAGCAAGCUUUUGUUGUACCAGGUCGACGUCUACUAAUAUUAACGGCCCAAGAAGGGCGGUAUGAUACCUUAGGGUUUAACUAGAGCUAGUAUUCGUUGAUGGGAUAUCUCAGGUAAGUAACGCAUCAUGUACCCACGCCUGUAUCAAUGUUGUUGUAUCACCGUAGGCUUCAUGACACACCUAUCAAUCAUGGUUUAGAUGUGAUUACUAGGAUCAGUAGCUGCCCUCAUUCAUGUUCAUCUAGAUGUGCUUUGUAUUAUUAUUAUUGUUGUUAUGGUUAGUUUGUGAAAGACGGAAGAGCAACUUCUUCAUCUCUACUAUUGUAUUGUAUUGAAUUGUAUUGUAUUGUAUUGUAUCAUUGACUGA